AUGUCCGGCGUUGCCUUCCGGGUUCUCUUUGGUUUGGCGUGGCUCUUAUGGGUUAUAGCGUUAUUGGGAGCAGGAUCGAUGUUCUAUUUUCCUUUUGUUAUUUUUAAGAGCAAUGAAGAAAGUAUGAGCUUUUCGAUCAUCUAUGUAGCUCAGUCACGGCCUGCUAUUACUAGUUUAGUAACAUUAUCUACUUGUAUUAUCAAGAAAGAAGGGCAUUCUAUCUUUGAAUAUUUAAACCCUUCACAUACCCAGGAGUACCAAAAUUUUUGCACGACUUAUAAUAGGGGUAUUUACCUUGUGGGAAGUUCUAUUGCUGCUUUCCUUUUAAGCUUUUUGCUUAUGAAUACGUCCUUGCUCUUACCGCCUUUGGCUUACAUAUCUUCUUUUUUGGGGCUGUGCGGCGUGACCCUCAAAUUAAUUUGGUGGCAAGUGAUUAUAAAUCCGCUUAUAAAGGGCCCUUCCUUGGAGCCUCAAAGCUUUUACUUGAUCCCCGUCAUCAUCGGCUGCACGGCUGCUGUUGUUUCUAUAUUUUACGCCAUUGCUGCUAGUAGAGAGGCAAAAAGCUCAUAUUAAAUAUAAGUACACAUUUUUAAAAAACAUUAAUAAAAUUUGCUGUAAAGCAAGUUGCAUAUCUUUAAA